CCGAAGAUAUAAGCACAUGCUGAACAGAAGUGUUGCUAAUUUUUCGUUUGUAUUCGUCUAUUAAUAGCUUUAAAUUUAUUCUUAACUGCACGACAUGCAGACAUGUUACGUUAGACUAAUAUGUUUUGCUUUUAUUCAAGGCAUUUUAACAAAUUCAUCACCUGAAGAAUUGACUCCUCUUGGCGUAACAGUAAGCAAACUACCAGAUUUUGGAUCAGUUUCAAUGUCAUUAGCUGUUUUAGCAGCAUUAACACAAUAUUCAUGCGGUAGAGAUUUAAUAUGUUUGGCGUCGAUAUUGAGUGUAUUGAAUACAUCGUCAAUCUUGAAAAUAAUACCAGAUAAGUUUAAACGUUCUGAAGGUGAUUUCAUGACCCUAUUGAAUAUAAUGGAAGAAAUACUGUUAGUCAAACUGUCGGUACCAGCCAGAAAAUUUGAUAUUGAUCAAAUAUGCGAUGCUAAAGGUUUAGGUGCUGUUAAGCAUGUGCUGAAGCAAGCUAUUCGGCGUUACGGAAAUUUGGCAAAAGCAUUUAAUUUAUCAAACGAAUACCGUAAUCUGGCUCAAAUCAAAUCAGGUAGAUGGGAAUUAAUAGCCAAAUCUCUAUUGGUAAGUCAUACUGAUAAAGUAUUCGUUUCAAUGAAAGAAUUACAAGGAAAAGUGCAUCGUUUCACUCGUUAUAAUAUUCAAAAACAACAGCAAGAUGACAAUGUGCUUGAUGUCGCUGUACUAGAUUUACAAUCAACGUUAACUAGAGCAAUAACGUCUGCUCCAGUUUCUAUUGUAUUAGCACGUGAUAUUCGUUAUUCUUCAUCUAUUCGUGCAACAGCUGUUCUAUCUUUUGUGGGUGAGAUAAAAUCAUCAUGGAUUGAAUAUCAAUUAGAAAGAAAACUACCAUUGAACGAUAAAGAAGAAGCGAAACUGAAUAAUGAUGGUAUAUUAAAUAAAGUCACAUCAGCAUUUAAUUUUAUAAACAUGCAAUUAAACAAUCAUGUUCUCACAUUCAAAGGACCAUCGGGGGCCGUUUUGGACGCCGAAUUAGAUGUGAGACAGCAAUUAGUAACUGAGAUGAAGUUUAAUCUUACAAAUGAUGCCGCGUCUGAAAAUCUGAAACGAAAUUUAGAAAGUGUCAUGAAGAUGACAAGAAUAUUUAAUCCAUUAAUAUGGCGAUGGGAAACUCAACAACAAGUCAAAAUUACGAUAAAUAAUGAUACAGCUAAUAAAACUUGUGAGAUAUGUGUUGAAGGAAGAGAUUCACAAAAUCAGUUAGUUUUCAAAGAAUUUCAAUCAUUUUUAAAAUGGUUAAGAUCAUGUGCUGUUAUUAGACAUCCUAAUGCAGUCUCACCAAGAAUUUUAAAACCACAAAUACGUCACACGUGUCUUGAUAUCGAAGAAAGAAUUGCUCAUAUAACGGAUAGUAAACGGACAACAGUUGAUUUAUGGAAUGGCGUAAAAGGAUCAAAAGCAACACGAGAAACAAGAAUGGAAGUUGUUGCUUGGAUUGCCGUAUGUAAAUUUGAAUGCCGAUUAGAAGGUGGCUUUGUACGAGAUUGGGUCGUUGGUGGUUAUACAAACAGACCAGCAAACACGAAUACGUCACAGUGGAUAACAUAUAACAAUAAUCUUCCAUAUUUAGACAAAGAUAUCAUACCGAGUGAUUUAGAUUGUCAUUUACCUAGUCACAAAUAUUUUGAUAUUGAGAAAUUUCUAGAUGAAUUACAUAAGUUGCAAAUAAAAGCAAAAGUGUACCGAGAAGAUUGGAGAUAUGUUGUAUUAUUAGAUGAAAAUUAUAAGACGGGUCCAUUUACAAUGGAUUUAAUUGAACCACAUAUAGCGUUAACACAUGAUCGAAUUGAUUUUGAUGUUAGUAAUUUAUCAUUGGAAAAAGAUUAUACAAAAGAGUUAGGCAUGCGUGUCGAUAUCACACAAACACCACAUUCAGUACAAUUAGAAACAAUUGUCGAGAAUAUUAAACAUAAAAAGUUCCAAGUAUUAAGACCAAUUGAUGGAGAAGCAAGUGGUAUUAGCUAUUCUGGUUCAGUUUCCGAUCGUAUUAACAAAAUGAAGCAGAGAGGAUGGACACAGUUAGGCAAGGCAAUGCAUGUAAUUCCGAAUCCUCAGUCUAAAUAUAAUGCCGUAUUAGUACCAUUGCCAAAUUCUACGAACUUAUAUCAAGGAUUAGUUACUCUAAUGAAUACAAUUGGUACUGUUCAGGUAUUGUCAAUAGAACAAAUUAAAAAUCCUGAUGUCGAAGCUGUUUAUGAAAUGAUGAAAAAAUUAAUAUCCAAGCAAUGUGCUGGCAAUAAUCCAAACGAAAAAGAAUUAUUUCAUGGAACAAAAGAUGGAGGUAUCGAUGGAAUAGUUAAUGAUGGAUUUGACGAUCGAUUUUAUAAACAAGGAAAAUGGGGUUACGGUGCAUAUUUUGCUGAUACUCCUAAAGUCUCACACGCUUAUACGGCACCGUUACCUAAUGGUUCAUAUAUAAUGUACUAUAAUAAAGUUUUAUUGGGAAAUCAGUCGGAUACAACAGUUCAAAACAGUACUUUAGCUGCUGCUCCGCUUGGUUAUCAUUCUGUUCAUGGAAUUCCUCAACCAAAUAUGGAUGAGUAUAUUGUCUACCGUUAUGGUCAGGCACUACCAUAUCUGAAAAUAACAUAUAAAUUAUAG